AUGGAGGUAGCUCCUCUGGUCCUGGCCCACACCCAUGCGCGGAACGCGGUACUCGAGACCCGCAAGGCCAACCCAGUCGCGGCCAGCGAGGAGCACGAUCUAGCUGCUGGUGAAUUUGCGACGGCUGCACAAGGCAGUUCUGACCUUGAGGCCUUACGGACCCUACGUUUGCUCGAAACCCACCACAAGAAGCUCGCCGAGAUACUCAGAUUUCAACAUGAACAUCCAGCUACCCCUUCUACUGAAGCAGCAUCCGCUGCCCCAUCCUCGCUAGCGACGCAGCAGACCGCUGCUGAUGGAAAUACCAAGGCUGCAGCCGCGACUCCGGAUGCGCACAAUCUACCACCAAGAUUAGCAGGAAAUGCUCGCAUCCCCGGUCGGGAUAAAUCCUCUAUUGCCAGCAACCUUGCCUCCGCACGAGGAAUACCCUCCCAUCCCCGUCGUGGAUCACCGGUGUCGCCCACACUUACGUCCCAACAUGCCGCAGCAAAGAUGACGGAAACGCCAUCAAGAGCUAGAGGCAGUGAAUCUAGGCUACGCGAUGGGCCAAACAAAAACAGGGCCAGUCGUGUCUCUACAGCUCGGCCGCCAUGGUCUCCUCCGAUUCCCAGUUCAACGGAGAUGACUACCCAGCAAACGGCGCCUUCUAUCGCGGAAUCCGGAGCCCCGAAAGAAAAGCCCGCUAUCACAGAUGAAGCCUUUGAUCGCUUCUACUCAGCGUUCGGCAGUCUAGUGUCUAAGGUUUCAGGCCCCUUGGCAUUCGCAGGUAUCCAGAUGGGUCAGACAGGUUCCACACGAGCUGAACCGAGCCGCAAGGCGCCAGCUGAGGUGAAAGUAAACCGUGGCCAUGCUACUCUGGACCAAUCCAUUACGGGCGAACCUGAUGUAGACAAACUGUUCUCCCGGGCUGCAUUGCGGUCCAUUCGGGACGGCUCCGGUGCCGGCCCUGGAAACCCAGCGGAAUCAUUCUAUGUAGUCCCAACUACCGGCGGGACCAUGUCAUACGCAGGAAUCCUCACCCGAGCCGAAAGACAAGCGCGCAGGAACAGCGUAGACGACGGCGAGGAUGAUUUCGUCGAUGCGCGGGAAAACACCCCCAUCCCCCGAAAUGCGCCACAGCGCCAUCCGCAGAAGCAGAAGACGAUGGAAGAAUUGCAGGUGGAAAAUGAGACUUUAAGGGGAUUGACCGAUUCGCUUGCGACACGACUACACAUGUGGGAGGUGAGCGCUCAAUCCUCGUCCAUGGCGCUACAACAAUCAAUCAGAAUGAUGCACCGCCAGACCGGUGGGACCCCCGAUCACUUCCAAUCGGGUACUACCUCCCCAGUGGCUACGAUGAGCGCGCCGCCUGGUGCGGCGGAGACUGAUGCGCGGAUCAAAGAAUUGGAGGAGCGAAUUCGUAAUAGUGAGAAGAAACUCGAAACUGCCUCCCAUGAGAAUGAGAAACUCAAGAAUGUCCUCGGCCGGUACCGAGACCGCUGGGAGAAAUUGAAAGAGGGCGCUAAAACGCGGAGGGCAGAGGUUCGCUCUGGUGACGCUCAGAGUAGUCAAUCACCGAGUGUGGGCAAGCAAGAGGCGCCGGGGUCUCCAGGGCCUGGUCAAAGCUCUGCGCUGGGUCAACCAGGCUCUGGUGUUGUUAGUGGUAAUACGACGUGA